AUGCACCGUCGUUAUCGCCAGGAGAAGAGGGAGAGGAAGGAGGACCGAGGGAAGACAAGACGAGAAGCUGCGGCCGGACUGGGGCCAGCCUGGCCGAGCGAAAGCCUAGCCGAGCCUGGUCUGCCUGCCCGUUUCCUGUCUGCCCGUUUGUCAAUGGGGCCAUGCAUGUCAACGGUAGAACUGCGUUCCGCUGCCGUUGCGUUGCGUCUGCAUCUACCUCCGGUGUAG